AUGCGUUCAUCAGUUGGUCUUCUUCUUGAGAGAGGCUCAAGUUCUCAGAUUGGAGCUUUGAAUGCACCAGCUCCAUCGGCUCCACAUGCUACACAAGCUCCACAUGCUGCACAAGGUCCACCUGCGGCACAAGCUCCACCUGCUGGGGAGGAGAUUGCGCUUCAGCAGUGUUAUUCUCGAGUGCUGCAUCCAUCUCGACAAAACGGUGCAAAAUGGUUCGAUCAUGAUACUCCAAUAUCAACAUGUGUCCGAAAAGUCAUUGAAGGAAGUUUCAAGGGGCCAUGGUACAGUUGGUCAAAGGUGCCACUAUUUUACAAAGAAGCAUGGUAUUCUACUUUCAAGACAAGGUAUGAGUGGGAUCCUGCGAUUGAGCAUUUGGUUAAAACCAACUUUGACAAGCUUGCUGCCAGUCGCCUCAGAGGAAUGGUUUCCCUUGCGAAGUCCAGAGGAAGGACACCAGAAGCCAUACAGAAAAGUGGAAAAGCCCGUGCUUCUCGGAUGUCUGACCGUUAUGGUUUAGGUGUUUAUCGACACAGAGCUGGGUCUCGUUCUUAUUUGAAAGUGCAAGAUGGUUUGGUGGCAAACAAUGAGGACGCUUCCUACAUUGCCGUGAUGAAAAAGACUCACCAGAAACCCGACAGUACAUACGUGGAUGAAAGAGCCCGUAUAAUUGCUGAAAAAUAUGAGGAGCUUGUGCAAGAAUACCUGUCACAGCUGGAGUCAUCCAAUUCCAAUGGAGAGCUGUUGACUAUUGAUGCUCUUACCUUAGAAGAGAAGAAUGAGAUCUAUGUUAAGAUUGCUGGAAUUUCAAAACAAGGUCGUGUAUUCGGCAUCGGAUCAAUUCAAAGUGGCGCUAUGUCUUUAGGUACUUCUCCAGAUUCUUCACAAGCUGUUGAAGAUGCUGGAACGUUAACUCGACGAGUCGAAGAGCUGGAAAGUGAAUUGAAGACGAGUCUUGAUGAGAAUGUGCUCUUUCGAAAGCGAUUUGAGACCAUGGAGCAACUAGUUCAAUCUCUUUCAGGUCAGAAUAUCAAUUCUUCUUCAGGAACUUCGGCUUCUACUCCACCAUGA